AUUCCAGUUACUGUUUCUCAGCCAUUCGUCUCCACAGGCCGCAGCUCCCGACCGCAGUGGCCAGUGGGCGAGCGAGCGCGCGGGCGUUCCAAUCUCCAUGGACGCCUACUACCUCGGUCGCCGCCAUCUGCAUCCGCCGCUCCAGCUUCCACCCCUAAAGCUUCUGACUUUCCGCCGCCGUUUCCACCGUGGCGGCGUCACCGGCGCCUUCGCGUGCUGCUCAACCGCCGCGGACCACCACCGCCAGGAGCGGCCGUGGGAGUCCUACAACCGCGACAUCCAGCCCCACGCCAGCUCCGACCUCGCGCACUCGCUCCACGUCCUCGCGGACAUGGAAGCGGCCGGGAUGCGCCCGAGCGCCGCCGCCUACGCGCGCCUCAUCCGGGCGCUUGCCCGCGCCGGCCGCACGCUCGAGGCCGAGGCGCUCCUCCUGGAGAUGCGCCACCUUGGGCUCCGCCCGGACGCUGCGCACUACAACGCGCUCCUCGAAGGCCUCCUCGCCAGGGCGCACCUCUGCCUAGCGGACCGCCUCCUCCUUCAGAUGGCCGACGAUGGCGUCGCGCGGAACCGGCGAACGUACAUGCUCCUGCUGGACGCGUACGCCCGCGCCGGCCGCCUCGAGGAUUCGUGGUGGGUCCUCGGCGAGAUGAAGCGCCGGGGGAUUCAGCUCGACACCGCCGGGUACAGCACGCUGGUGCGGCUUUACAGGGACAAUGGCAUGUGGAAGAAGGCUACCGACCUCAUCAUGGAGAUGCAGGAGCUCGGGGUGGAGCUCGAUGUUAAGAUUUACAACGGAUUGAUCGAUACGUUCGGCAAGUAUGGGCAGCUAGCGGAUGCACGCAGGUUGUUCGAGAAAAUGCGUGCAGAGGGGAUUAAGCCUGAUAUUGCCACGUGGAAUGCUUUGAUUCGAUGGCACUGUCGGGUCGGCAACAUGAAACGUGCUCUGCGAUUCUUUGCGGCAAUGCAGGAGGAAGGGAUGUACCCAGACCCGAAGAUCUUCAUGAGCAUCAUCAGCAGGUUGGGGGAGCAAGGCAAAUGGGAUGAGCUCAAGAAGCUGUUUGAUAAGAUGAGAAAUCGAGGGCUCAAGGAGAGUGGUGCUGUGUAUGCAGUUUUGGUUGACAUUUACGGGCAGUAUGGCCGUUUCCGUGAUGCCCAUGAGUGUGUAGCUGCUCUUAAAGCUGAAGAACUGCAUCUUUCACCUAGCAUUUUCUGUGUCCUGGCAAAUGCUUAUGCUCAACAGGGCUUGUGUGAACAAACUGUAAAUGUUCUUCAAUUGAUGGAGGCAGAAGGAAUUGAGCCAAAUCUCGUUAUGCUGAAUUUAUUAAUCAAUGCUUUUAGUACUGCUGGAAGGCAUUUAGAGGCAGUAGCUGUAUUCCAGCAUAUCAAGGACAGUGGCAUGAGCCCAGAUGUUGUGACUUACACUACACUUAUGAAAGGUUUCAUGAGAGUAAAAAAGUUUGAAAAGGUUUCAGAAGUAUAUAAUGAAAUGGAGCGUGCUGGAUGUACCCCAGAUAGGAAAGCUAGAGAAAUGUUGCAUGAUGCCUCUGUUACACUGGAACAGAGAGGAUGUUAUUGAAACUGGAACCCCCGCAAUUCUAAAAUGGCCAUAUUUCGAUGUCUAUAACUCAAGAUCCCUAUUUUGUUUGCACAUGCUUCAUGGGCAUCUUUUAAAGCAAAAUAGUUGAUACUUUGGGCCUCUUCAAGUGACAGAACAUCUGACUACAGCCACUUUGCACAAAGAAAGUUUGAGUCUGUAUGAUGCGGUUUGCGGCACAUUGCAUGUGCAAAAUCGAAGGAAUCCCAAGAAUAGCCUUCUGGUAUUUUCUCCAUUGGAGUUUCUCUAUUUUAGAAAAACAAUGGACAAGCAAAGACAAGACUGUAACAGUGUCAGCAAUUGCUCCUUAAUUGCUAGACUCUGGAAUUAUGAGGUUGGACAGAAGGCUGAAAUGAUCAUUUCGUUCGUUGCCUGUGCAAUCCUGGAUUCCUGGCUCCCCAGCACAGGUUCAUGGUGCUAAGGAAACAGUUAAAAGGACUUCCUGGCAUCAGGGUAAGGACAGAUCGCGAAUAGACAUCGUUAGGAAUUCUAUUGUGGUCUGUGGAGACGAUGAAGUACAUCAAGAGUUUGGAAGUUCUAUGUUCAAAAUAUUAGGUGUACUAAGCAUGACUUGUAUUUCACUGUUUCACCUAACAGCUAGAUAGCUUAUCGUAACACAUUCUCAAUUGCUUGCUCAUGCUUUUACGGUUUACAUUCCUUCUAUUCUCCGCGAAAACUGUAAACUCAAAAUAGGAUCAAUCACUUAGGUCAAGUGUCACCGUUCAUGUGAACCUUUGAAUCAUCAAGUCUUAUGUCAGUUGUUCUUUUGAUUA